AUGGUUGCUGCAUUUGUGACCAACUUGGAUGCUCAUUUGCGUUGGGCAACUGAAUCCAAGGCAAGCGUUCCACCCCCGCGAAAGACUGGAAAUCCAUUAAGACGAUGUGCCACAGAGGGUUUUGUGAAUCAACUUUCAGACACACAAGUCCUCAUAACUGACACAACGGCUGAAAGAUCCGAGACAUUUACAAAACGAGGUAUCGACAAGUCGUUCGUUAUACCUGAGCCUAAACGGCCGAGGCCAGACACAAUUGAAGAUGACGACGACUUCUUCGAUAAUGAUGAGAUCAGUUUGCUCAUGAGACAAAGCGAAAAGACCACGAAAGUGACUACUGUGCAAAAGGAAACCAGAAAUGGCCAGGGAAUAAGCAAUAUAUCGAAGAUGCCGGAUAAUGUGCAGGAAAGCCAAAGUAUACCCGACAGUUUCGACGAUGAAGACGAGGCUGAACUGGAUAAGCUUCUUUCCAACUCUGGAGUCGCUAAAAUCCCCAGUUCUUUGGCAUCGGUAGGCACAAAAUCGAAAGCUGAGCUCCAAACCUUGUACAUAGAGAGUUGUGAACGCAAGAUUGUGCUUCUGGAAGAAAUGUGUGAGGUUCUUCAAAGCCCGUCCAGGUCAGGCUUGAGAUUGGCUCAGAUACGAUCAAGCAUUGAGAGCUUGGAACAGAGUCUUACAGAGUUACGGGUAAGUCUGCAGGGCCCUCAGACUACUCAGACCACGGUUAUACCAGCUAAUAAUUCUGAUACUGCAGAACCUCACAUUGUAAGAGAAAAGCCACCAAGCCCUGAGAUCAUCUUCAGUUCUCCUAUGAGGUCACAGAGCGAAUUGGAUAUACAAUCACCCAGAAACAGACACAGAGACGACGACGAAGACGGAGAUGAUAUUGAAAUUUUGCAGACAACAAGGUUGUCCGGUUCAUUGCGUGAAGAACCUACUAUGCUUGAGGAUUCGUUUGCUCUAGAGACAGACGAAGAAGAGAUGCUGCCUAUAACAGAAGCCGAACAGCGCGAACUAGACGAAUUCAUUGUCGAGGAUGGAAUUUUGGAUGAAGAAGAAGAUCAUUCUUAUAGAGUUGAGCUCACUUCUGACGUAGAAGAUGAAGGCGAUAUAGAGGUUCUCACGAUACAGGAUCUGGAAGACGACGGUGGUGACGACUUCGAAGACGAAGAUGAGGAUUUCAUGACGCAGUAUAAUGUGGAAAGAGAAGUCAACAAGGAUCUGGAUUCAGAUGAUGACUUAGUGUUGAUUGACAUGACCAAAAGCGUUUCAGAUAAGCCCAAAUCACAGUUCCCAUGGACUGAGGACAUUUACAAGGUGCUUAACAGCACGUUCAACUUGAAUUCGUUCCGGCCCAACCAACUGGAGGCGAUCAACGCCACUCUUGCUGGUCAAGAUGUGUUUGUUUUGAUGCCAACGGGCGGUGGAAAAUCUUUAUGUUAUCAGUUACCAGCUCUGGUGAGCAAAGGUACUACCAUUGUGAUAUCCCCUCUUAUCUCACUGAUGCAAGAUCAAGUUCAACAUCUUCUGAGCAAAAACAUCAAAGCAGGAAUGAUAAAUUCAAAGGGAACUCUUUCGGAGAGACAAACGAUGCUGACCCUAUUCAUGGACGGGGAGCUGGAUCUGAUAUAUCUAUCUCCUGAAAUGGUCACUGCCAGUGCGCAAGCUCGUAAUGCAAUCUCUAGACUCCAUCAGAAAGGCCUGCUUGCCCGUGUGGUGGUUGAUGAAGCUCAUUGCGUAUCCUCUUGGGGUCACGAUUUUAGACCAGACUACAAGAGUUUAAACUACUUCAAAACACAGUACCCAGGAGUGCCCGUGAUGGCGUUGACGGCAACAGCCAAUGAGCGGGUACGGAAAGAUAUCAUGCACAACUUGCAAUUGAACAAUCCUCAGGUUUUCAAGCAGAGUUUCAACCGAACUAACCUAUACUACCAGGUUUUGUUCAAGAGCAAGAGCCAUCUGGAUGAAAUGAUGAAAAUGAUCAACGAAAAGUACCGAGGUCAAUCAGGGAUCAUCUACUGCCACUCCAAGAAGUCAUGUGAACAAACAGCAGAAAAGCUGUAUCACUUGGGUGGAAUCGUGUGCCAGUACUACCAUGCUGGUAUGACACCCGAAGACAGACUGAAUGUUCAACUUUCUUGGCAAUCAGGGCAAACUCAGGUCAUUUGUGCUACAAUUGCAUUCGGAAUGGGUAUUGAUAAACCUGAUGUGCGGUUUGUUUUCCAUUUGACUGUACCAAGAACGUUGGAGGGAUAUUACCAGGAGACUGGUAGAGCGGGUAGAGAUGGAAACCAUUCCGAUUGUGCCAUGUUCUACAGUUAUAAAGAUGUAAGGACAAUCCAGACCAUGAUCAAGAAAGACAAAGAAUUGGACAGAAACAACAAAGAGAAACAUCUGGACAAAUUGAGGCAGGUUGUACAAUACUGUGAGAAUACUUCUGAUUGUCGGCGUCAACAGGUCUUGCAAUAUUUCAACGAAGUGUUCAACAAAGAGGAUUGCAAAAAGCAGUGCGACAACUGCAAGAAUUCUGUGACUCAAGAGACGAAAGACGUUACUCCGCAUGCCAAACAAAUUGCGAAACUGGUUCAAGCUGUUCAAGGAGACAAAGUCACGCUACUUUAUUGUCAGGAUCUAUACAGAGGGUCAAAGACUACCAAAAUAAUGGCUGCUGGUCACAACGAAGUGCCAUCCUAUGGUAAUGGCAAAGAACUCGAGAAAACUGUGGUGGAACGGAUAUUCUUUCGUUUGUUGACUGACGAAGUACUGGAAGAGUACCAGAUCAUGAACGGGGCUGGAUACACUAGCGAUUACGUUCAGCUUGGUCCCAAAGCAAGAGAUGUUCUUUCUGACAGAAAGAAGAUAAUUAUGUCGUUUGAAGUUCGCACUGCUUCUGCAAAUUCCGCAGGUGCAACUUCUGGUGCAAGCUCGGGUGCGGCUUAUAGAGCUCCAACAAUUACAUCCGCCAGUGCGGUCUACAGAAGUAGUAUUGCUGCGGCAACCACCCGACUUGUGGAUAACAGACCAAUUGUUUUGCAAUCCACGAUGGCCAAUAAGUCAGAAGCGGAACGGAAACUGAUCAACCUGGCCUUCAACGAGUUGAGUUUGUUCAGGUCGAGGAAGCUUCAUGAACUUGGUUUGAACUCUACGAGCUCUAUUGCUACGGAUAACACGCUUAGGGACAUGGCUCUCAAACUGCCCACUACACAAAGGGAGUAUGAUUGUCUACAGGGACUGGCUACGAGCCAAUGCCAGUAUUUCAAAGUCUUCAGACCGUUGCUGAAGAAAUUGAAAUCCGCUCGUGAUGAGAAUAUGAGCAACCAGGAUGAAACCAUAGCAACCACCCAAGAUGUCAGCUCGAUCUCCAACGAGAUGAGAUCGCCAUAUUUCAACGCAAAUAGAGAUUCGCAAAUCCUACAGCAGCUACGCCAGUCUCAGAAUAAACCAAUGGAUCCACCGAUUGCUACCUCUUCCCAGAAGAGUUCUUCUGGUCGUGGUCGCAAAAGUUUCCGAGGUGGCCACCGCGGUGGGCGUGGAGGCAGUCGCGGAAGCAGUCGUGGAGGCAGACGAGGUAGCCAAUCGAGUCAAAGGUCGAAUAAAAGGUUCGGGAUGCAAAGUUCGCCUUCAGUGAGGCCAAUGAAAUUCUGA